ACCAAGGAGGUUCUACGAGAUUAAAAGUCCGUUGCGAACCCCUCGUUCACAAUCGCACAAUGGCUUGGUUGUUUGGUUCAAGGAAUUACACAGGGAAAAAUUAUCCAAAUAAAAGAGCUCAUCACUGCACUUUAUCAGUACUAGUAGGUGAUUCACUAUAUGUAUGGGGUGGUUAUGAGGAUGGUUCACCUAGUGUACAUGAUAGUGAAGAGAAGAGAAGGAUCACUAGUAAUAUACAGCACUUUACUCCUUCAACUGGUCAAUGGAUCACUAGAGGUACUACUGGUACUCCUCCAUUAGGAGUGAGAUGGUACUCCUGUACUGCAAUAAAUGAUCAAUUGUAUUAUUUUGGGGGAUGGUGUGGCCAUGACCACUGCUAUUACAACAGUAUUACACAACUGGAUACUGUUAGUCUUCAAUGGAGAGAGUUAGAACCAACUGAUGCAGCUAGACGAGUUAUGAUGAGAGGUUAUGGUGGAAUGAUAUCAUUUGAACAUGAUGGAGUACACCAUUUACUAAUGAUAGGAGGAAUAGGAUCUAAACCAGCUGUACAACUACCUCAUUAUAAAUAUAUUAAGUUAAUUACUGGAGGCUGGCGUACUAAUGAGCACUCAAUGUAUAAUCUAUCAUCAAGAAAAUGGAAUAAUCCUUCAAUUGCUGGUCAGUGUAUACCACCUGCUAAUAACUUCAUCAUUGAAAAGAUCAACAACACUAGAGCUGUUCUGUUUGGUGGAGUAAAGACUGAUGAUAAUAAUACGACUACUAGAACUAACAAUAUUUAUAUAAUAGGGGUAUCAAUUAGCACUGUGUCCUGGCAGUGUAUAAAGAAACCUGAAGCAAUAGACCAAUGGCCUGUGGGCAGAUGGUUACAUGCAGGUGCUAUUAUUAUAACUGGAUCAGACUGUCCUAUGCUAGUAAUAAGUGGUGGGCGGGAUGAGAAUUCUGAUACAUUAGAUGAUUGUUGGAUCUUUAACAUCACUCAACAUUCCUGGAUAAAGGUAUGUUAGAUAUUAUUGGCCUUACCAGUGAUUAGCGUGGAUGAGGACUAUGUAGCUAAAUGUGUUAUCUGUCAUUCAUUCAUUCUGUCCACCGCAACUCUCACUUUGAAGCACUGUGGUUUUAGAAGGGGCUCUCCUACAGUCACCAAAACUUCCCCAUGCGCUAGAAAAAGUUACUUUCUACUACUUUAUCAAGCAUAACCGGCAGUGGAAGGCACCAAAAACCAUCAAUCUUGCCAAAUGUAGCAGGUUCUCGAUGAAUUUUUUCGUUCUUCGAGUAACAGGGCUUCUUAGUAUCUCUAGAGAGUCACAAAAACCCGAUCUGAAAAAAAUAACGUAGCGUUUUGGUGGAACAUUCUUUGUUUUGAAGAUAUGAUUGCCUAAAAUCACUUACCUCUUGACUUUACACGAGGCGCUUGUCCUUAGGAAGAGUAGUUUAGAGCUUAAUAAAUGUGUGUGUGCAUUGAGUAGAAGCCCAAGACUUCCAGCAGUUAGCCCAAGAGACACCAUUUUACUCUAGCAAUCAAGAUUUGACACUUUCUUUGUACUGUAACAACUGCAUGCUGCACUGUCAGUUUGCAGCCACACCCAACACCCUCACAUCUUAAUUAGACUAUGACAAAACUACCGUACAAGAUGAUUUAUUG